CCCAUAUCGUCGUGCAACUCUUGUCUCUGUCCUUCAAAUUUAAAUUCCAACUGAGACACAUCGUCAUCAUUUCAUCCAACUUCAAAAUUAACUCUCCAGAAUUUGACAAUGAACAACGUGUCUUCGCCCUGGCCACCCCCGCAAAUGUGACAUACGAACAAACACCCAGCCUCCCAAGUUCUCCCCUCCACGGAUCAGCGCUUGACAUACCACGAGAUCAGGCCCACCCUCCAAGAGGAUCAGGAACAUACCCACUCCCAGCAAGAGUCUCACGUCCUCCAUGCAGCCAUUGCUACGGCCCCGAGAUCCCUUGUUCUCCGCCCGCUUCCACGUCUAUCACCCUUUCCAUGCAUCAAUAAGCUUUGUCCCCCCAAUCCCUCACCCUAAAAAAUCCCCCCGAUUGCCGGCGGUUCCCAACCUCAUCCUCCCACCCACCGCUUCGCCGUUCCCACCAAAGGAAGAGAUUGCCGUCAAGUCACAAGUCCCUCUGCUGCCGUGCAAACGCAAAAUUACCUCCAUCCACCUCCUUGGAUCUUUGUGUCAUUAAUAGAGCCCUGAUCAGGUACGGCCUCACCUCCCGCCGGGUUCCAUCCAGCUCGAACCUCAGUCUCUUCGAUCAGGGUGCUUUGGAUCAGACAUGUUACUGAGGAUGACAUUCCGGAGCAGUAUAU